AUGUCCUCGCAAACGCUGGUGUGCCGCGUUUGUGGUGAUCGUAGCUCCGGCAAGCAUUACGGUACGGUUUGUUGUGAUGGGUGCUCUUGCUUCUUCAAGCGCAGUAUCCGCAAACGGGCAAUAUACACGUGCAUCUCUGGCCAGGGAGGCUGCUCGGUGGAUAAGGCACGGCGCAACUGGUGUCCCUUUUGUCGGUUACAGAAGUGUUUUCUGGUGGGUAUGAAUGCAGCAGCCGUGCAACAAGAGCGAGGUCCUAGGAAAGGCCAUGGGUUCUCGGUGCAGAUUCUGUCCCAAGUGCUGAUGGCGUGCAUCCGGCAAGUGCGUCAUAACGAGCACUUUGCCAUCUUCAGCCGGCUGCAGCAGAACGAGAUUCUGCGGCACGUGUGGUACGAAUGCUUUCUGCUUCGCGUGGCCAACUGGUCCAUCGACAUAUCGUCCCUGGUCGAACGCUGCUGCGACGGUCAUCUGCGGUCGGUGAUGGAGGACAUUAAGGCGUUGCGGGUGGAUCUCAUCGAACUGUCGUUGCUCGAGACGUUGAUCCUGUGCCGGAAAGAGUACGCGCUGAGCGUACGGGAAGCCAACCAGCUGGAACAUCUUGCCGAGCGGGCACUUAUCGCCCUUAGCCACUACACCUGGCAGCAGCAACCGGGUCAACUUACCACGGCGAAGGAGCACCGGUGCGCACCGUUUCGGGAAGUCCGGUGCCCAUCCACCGGGACGGUGGGUGGGCUAGCAGGAUCGUUGGUGGGCUUGGAACCGAAUGUGCAGCCUGCCGGUCUCGAACGAACUGUUUCAACCCGGUUAGGGAAACUGUUGCUGGGCCUUCGUACCGUGGCGCUGCGUUUUAACGAAUUUGCCGUCCGUGCAAUGCUGCGAGAGGUAAUUAGUGAUGAUGGGCUGACGCUAGAAACUAUCUUCACGAAACUGUAG